AAAUUAAUGAAAAAAGAGACAAUGAUUUCAUCAUUAUAAUCAUAGUGCAUGUUCAAAUUGUGUUUAAACAUGAUCUUCAAUUAUCAUUAUAUCGAAUAAUGAAUUAUUCCUGUAUUGGUUUAAUGAUUUCUAAAUACUCGUUUCGAAUCUAUAUUAUCAGAUUUUAUUCAUCAACAUCAACUACAUCACAAAUGGAUCUGAACACGAUGACAACGUUUCGUUCAUUAUUGUUGGGUGUUGUUAACAAUAAAACAUCAUUUCUACAGAAUGAAGAUGUUACUUGCUUCUAUCAUCAUCAUCAUAGUCAUAAUCAUCAUCAUAGCGGUGGUAAUGAUGAUUCAGAUUCGGACAAUAAACAAUCCUCAUCAUCAUCCUCAUCAUCAUUGGUCGAUAAACAACAUCAACAACAAAAGAUGGCUAACAAUAAAAAUGUUGACGUUUCUCAAUUCAAGUCGAUCAAUAUUGACUAUUUAUCAGCUAGUAAUUUUUCCUUUCAUCCAUAUCAUUUGAACGUUAACGUUAAUGUCGAAAAAUCGCCGAAAAAAUCCUUACUUGUGUUGUUUGCUUGGCUAUUUGCUAAAGAACGACAUCUGGACAAAUAUCGUCGUCUUUACAUGGAACAAGGCUUUGAUAUAUUAACUAUUAAAGUGAAUGUAAAAGAUUUCAUCAUACCCGUGGUGGGCAGCCAAGUAAUUGCAUCGCAAGCAUUACAAUUUAUUAAAGAACAUGAACAAAUUUAUUGUUCACUUGUAUUUCAUGCAUUUUCGGUUGGGGCCUAUCAAAUGGGCGAAUUAUUAGUCAUGUUGAAUCAAGAGCACAAUAAAGAGGUGAAGAAUAUAGCAAGAAAAUUGUUGAAAGGAAUGAUCUAUGAUUCAGCUGCAGAUAUCAACGAAGCUCCGAUUGGACUUUCGAAGGCAACUACAACGAAUCCAUUACUGCAAUGGGCGAUAUGUUCGUUAUUGAAUGCUCAUUUCCGUUUUUGUUAUAAUCUAGCUACACGCCAUUAUUUAGCAUCAUCGGACGCAUUACACCAGAAUGAAUUUCAUUGUCCUUCAUUGGUAUUUUUAUCUAAAGAUGAUGUUGUUGUCAACUAUGUUGAUCAAUUAAAAACGGCUGAACAAUGGCAACGGCGAGGUAUCAGUGUAACGAUGAAAUGUUGGGAUCAAUCUCCUCAUGUUAGUCAUUUUUUCAAACAUCCCGAUGAAUAUCGAUCGUUAUUAAUCGAAUUCCUCAACAAAAAUGUCACCGGCUUAAUACAACAAUGAUAACGAUCAUCAUCAAUGAAAA